GGUCUUUUCAUUCUCGUAAAAUCCACGCACGUGUCGGUCGCAAGCGCGGCCGUUCUCUCCAGCCACGGCGGCUACAAAAUCGAACACCGCGGUCCCACCUUUAACAAGCUGGGCCGCGCGAUCGUCUCAAAAAGACGUUAUGAGCAAUUUUCAGGAAAUAUGUGUCGUCCGCACCGACGGUGACCUGCCGCUGGCGAAGCACAAGUCGACAAAAACUGGCAUGACUGUGUGUGUGUCCGAAUUCGAUGGGCCGCUCAUUAGCGGCUACCUUUGCAUCGCAACCGAAGCUCAAGAUGAUGAUGGCCUUCCGCAUACGUUAGAACAUCUUAUUUUCAUGGGUAGCGAGGACUACCCUUACAAGGGAAUCUUGGACCAGCUGGCGAACCGGUGCCUGGCGUCUGGCACCAAUGCCUGGACAGAUACAGAUCACACGUGUUACACCAUGACUACUGCUGGUUCCAGGGGCUUCCUCAACCUGUUGCCAAUCUACCUGGACCACAUUCUCUACCCGUUACUCACGGAGGCAGCCUUCAUCACGGAGGUCCAUCAUGUGAAUGGAGAAGGAGAGGAUGCUGGUGUGGUCUACUGCGAGAUGCAGGCACGUGAGAACACAGGCGAAAGCUUGUGCAUGCUGAACCUGUUGCGUACACUCUAUCCAGCUCCCUGUGGCUACCGCUAUGAGACUGGAGGCCUCAUGCGCAAUCUUCGGGAGAGCACUGACAACCAAAAGGUCAGAGCAUACCACAAGCACUUCUACCGUCCUGAGAAUCUGUGUGUGAUUGUAGCUGGCAGCGUAUCUCCCAAAGAAGUACUCAGGCUGGAGCCAAUUGAAAGGAAGAUCAUUGCCAAACGCUACCUUCUGGGGGAAAUCGAGAACGUUGUGGAAGACUUCCCCGGAUUCUUUGGAAUGUGCGUGCCGUCAUCCUGCUCGGAAAAGGACCUACAAUCCAUCUUCAAUUUCAUUAUGACCAUUGUGAAAACCUUCACCAACGUCACCAUAUCGAUUCAAGUCACCGGAUGCAAGACCCGCGAGCAAGCGGAAGCGAUAGACUGGACUCCAUCCUUUUUCGCUGCCCUAGUGGCGCUUGGACUUAUCCUGUUCUUCGUGGUCAUUGGAUCGCUGCUUUCUCUUCUGGACAACUUGAAGCCCACUCGGAACAGCAGUCAGGUGACGCAGAACAGUUGGGCGGGCGACGUAUUCCGCUGCUUCUCGGCGCCGAGCAACGCGCGCCGCCUGCUCAGCACGGACGACGAGCCCGCCGAGAUGGCCAGCGUCGUCGGCCUGCGUGCCCUCAGCGUCGUCUGGUUCCUCAUGGGCCAUUUCCUGCUGCUGCACUCCAUGAUGCUGACCAAGAACUUGGCCCUGCUCAAGGACAAGAUCAAGGACAUCACCAUACAAUUUAUCGUCAACUUCACCCCUGCCGGAGAUACCAUUAUCUGCUUGCUGGGCCUAAUGAUGGUCUACGUGUGCAAUCGCCGGCUUCGAGAGGAGAACGCCGUGCGGACCAAACGCUACGUGCUCAAGUACUUGCUUCAUCGAGGGAUCAGGGCAUGA